ACCACCAUCGGACCAAACAACAACAGCCUAGUUUUAGACUAUUAUUUUCGAGCAAACGCACGUGAAUAGAAGCGGGCGCUUACGAGCAGCUCGUGAAGGCAGCAUCUCUGUACCGGCGGCAGAAGGAAGGGAGAGACGCACUAACCGCUACACCGACCCGAGAACACAACACCUGAGUGUGCCGAGCAGAGGGGGCGAUUUAUGUCUUCUCUGGUUUCUGACAACAAGCGGGAUUUUCAUAUUCUCCCUUUUUUCCCCUCAAUGGGAUAAAACUAAAGGACUGUCUCAACACAACGAACCAACAAAGCUCCGACUGGGUACGUUAGGUGGGCGAAGAUGCUGAAUGAUCCUCGCAGCUGUCGGUGAGAGAAGGAACGGAGGAGAAGAAGAGGAAAAGAAGAGGAAGGUUUGUCAAGAGACGGAGGAGGAGGAGAAGAGGAGGAGGAUUAUCCAGGGCAGAAAAAGAAAAAUAUGCAGAAGAGAUAACCGUGUCGGUUUGUGAGAUAAAAGAAACAAGAGCAGAGGAAAGCUUCUUUAUUAUUAUUAUUUUUUAGUUUUAUUCCAAGACACCCAGCGAGAGGAGACGCAUAGUGUGAGAAACGACACAGGAGGAGACGCAUGUAAGGCGGAGGGGGGAAUAGAAAGAGGGAUAUUUCAGAAUGAAGAGGGUAUGCAGCCCGGGGGAAGUGUGGAUUUGAAGCUCUCCCUCCCUCUCCAUCACUUUUUUGCAAUGGAACGGGACGGAAUAGAGAGAUACUGACGACAGGCAUCGCUAAGACGCGGCAGAGAGUGGAUUUAAAGACAGAGAGAAGGCAACCUGUGCGCCCGUCCCUUCGCCCCCUUUCUCCGCUUUCCUUUCCGUGGAUGUUGACUGAAUUCAUUUUUUCGGAUAUGAAGGAUUUAUCUAGUCUAUGUUAGAAGGAGGAGGCAAAGAAAACGCACUCUCUCCUCUCCCCCCUCUUUCUCUAUCUCUCUCUCUCUCUUCUCUCUCCCCCUCUCUCCCUCUCUCUCUCUCUCUCUCUUCCUCCGUUUUCUGGAUGUGAAGCAGCAUGCGGCCCGGUGAGAGCUUAGAGGGCUCGCGCUCGGCUCGCGGAAGAUGCGUUGACGCCAAUAAUAUCACCGAAAGAGGCACGGACCGCUGUCUCGCGCACCCCUCGUCGCCGACGGCGGGGAUGAAGAGGGUGACGACGAAGAGGAGGAUGAGAGGGACGAACGGGAGGAUGACGGACGGAGGGAUGACGGUGCUGCGCUGUUUUCUGUGGAGUCUCGUUCUCAGCUCGCUCUCCUCGCGCGCGCAAGGUUUCAUCUACACUUGUGGGGGCACACUGAAAGGCCGAAACGGCAGUAUAGAAUCACCUGGGUUUCCCUAUGGCUACCCCAACGGGGCAAACUGCACCUGGGUCAUCGUUGGGGAGGAGGGAAGCAGAAUCCAGCUCAUGUUCUUGUCAUUUGCCAUAGAAGAAGAGUACGACUUCCUGUCCUUGUACGAUGGACACCCACACCCUGCUAACUUCAGGACCAGGUUAACAGGAUUCCAGGUUCCUUCCCCGGUCACCAGUACCGGAAACGUCUUCUCUUUGAGGUUGACCAGUGACUUUGCCGUCUCUGCACAUGGCUUCAAACUCAACUAUGAAGAGCUCCACAGCACGUCUUGUGGAAAUCCCGGCGUCCCUCCGAAAGCCGUGCUGAGCGGCGGCGGCCGUUUUGCCGUGGGAGACCGCGUGCGCUACAGCUGCGUCCCCGGUUACGUCUUGGACGGCCACGCCACGCUCACCUGCAUCACCAACGCGGGGAACACCGCCGUCUGGGACUUCCCGGCUCCUAUCUGUCGAGCUGAGGACACAUGUGGGGGCACUGUGAGGGGCGGCAGUGGGGUGGUGACCAGUCCCGGUUACCCCGGCAACUAUGGUAACCAAGCCGACUGUACUUGGAUCCUAUUGGCCGAACCUGGAGACACCAUCUCUGUCAUCUUUACAGACUUUCAGACGGAGGAAAAGUACGACUACCUGGAAGUGGAGGGCUCCGAACCACCAACCAUCUGGUUGUCAGGCAGUAACGUCCCCUCUCCUAUCGUUAGCAACAAGAAUUGGCUGCGGCUGCAUUUUGUGACUGAUGCCAACCACCGUUACCGAGGUUUCAGCGCACAUUACCAAGUGAAGCGAUCAGUAGAUUUUAAGUCGCGGGGCGUUAAAUUAUUCCCUGGCAAAGACUCCAGCAACAAGUUUUCAAUAUUAAAUGAAGGUGGUGUGAGACAGGCGUCUAACUCCUGCCCCGACCCAGGAGAACCAGAGAACGGAAAACGCCAUGGCAGUGAUUUCAGCAUUGGCAGCGUGGUGCAGUUCACUUGCGGAGAAGACUACGUACUUCAGGGCAGCAAAACAAUCAGCUGCCAGAGAGUGGCGGAAGUCUUCGCAGCCUGGAGUGACCACCGACCCGUCUGCAAAGUGAAAACGUGUGGCAGUAAUCUUCAGGGACCGUCGGGGACCUUUACGUCCCCUAACUUCCCGAUCCAGUACGAGAGCAACGCGCAGUGUGUGUGGAUAAUUACUGCGUCAAAUCCAAACAAGGUGAUCCAGAUCAACUUUGAGGAGUUUGACCUGGAGAUAGCCUACGAUACUCUAACCAUAGGGGAUGGAGGGGAGGUGGGAGAUCCUACAACUAUACUACAGGUCCUAUCAGGUAGCUUUGUUCCUGACCUGAUAGUCAGCAUGACCCACCAGAUGUGGCUCCACCUACAGUCAGACGAGAGCGUCGGAUCUAUAGGAUUCAAGAUCAACUAUAAAGAAAUAGACAAGGAGAGCUGUGGCGACCCCGGAACUCCUCUCUACGGGGUGAGGGAAGGCGACAGCUUUUUAAAUGGAGGGAUCCUGAGGUUUGAAUGUCAGUUCGGUUUUGAGCUGAUUGGGGAGAAAACCAUCUCCUGCCAAGACAACAAUCAGUGGUCGGCAAACAUCCCCAUAUGCAUAUUCCCCUGCAUGUCCAACUUCACGGCUCCCUCGGGAACCGUGCUCUCCCCAGAUUACCCAGAAGGCUACGGGAACAACAUGAACUGCGUCUGGCUCAUACAGUCGGAUCCGGGCUCCAGAAUACACUUGGCAUUUAAUGACUUUGACCUGGAGGCACCCUACGACUCCCUGACGGUGAAAGACGGCGAGACGAGCGACGCCAACGUCAUCGGGAGGUUCUCCGGAGCUGAGAGCCCCUCCCACCUGACGUCAAACACCAACACGCUGAGGCUGGAGUUCCAAGCUGAUCACUCCAUGUCGGGAAGAGGAUUCAACAUCACAUACAGCACGUUUGGCCAUAACGAGUGCCCAGACCCUGGCAUUCCCAUCAACGCUCGCCGCUUUGGAGACAGCUUCCAGCUCGGCAGCUCCAUCUCUGUGGUUUGCGAGGACGGUUUUAUCAAAACCCAAGGAAGCGAGACCAUCACGUGUCAGCUGGAAAAAGGAAAAGUCAUGUGGAGCGGGCCCAUCCCUAAAUGUGAAGCGCCGUGUGGAGGCCACUAUUCAGCUCCAAGUGGAGUGAUUUUGUCUCCCGGGUGGCCUGGUUACUACAAAGAUUCGCUCAGCUGCGAGUGGGUGAUUGAAUCAGAACCUGGACGAUCCAUCAAAAUCACUUUUGACAGGUUCCAGACGGAGCUGGGUUAUGACUUCCUGGAGAUCCAUGACGGGCCAAACCUCCUGUCCCCUCUGGUCGGCUCCUUUAACGGCACCCAGGUGCCCCAGUUCCUGUUCAGCAGCAGCAACUUCCUGUAUCUGCUCUUUACCACGGAUAACAGCCGGUCAAAUGCGGGCUUCAAAAUACUAUAUGAAAGUGUUACAGUGGACAGCUACUCAUGUCUGGACCCUGGUAUCCCAGUCAAUGGCAUUCGGUACGGACAGGAUUUUUCCAUCGGGUCCACUGUGUCGUUUGGUUGUGAUUCCGGCUACAGACUCAGCCACGAGGAGCCGCUAGUAUGUGAAAAGAACCACUGGUGGAGCCACCCCUUGCCUACUUGUGACGCUCUAUGUGGCGGGGAUGUUAGAGGUCCCUGGGGAACCAUCCUUAGUCCCGGCUAUCCAGACAGCUACCCUUCAUCUCUCAACUGUACCUGGACUGUCGAAGUCAGCCACGGGAAAGGAGUCCAGUUUCAGUUCACUUCUUUUCAUCUGGAGGACCAGCAUGACUAUCUCCUGGUUACCGAAAACGGGAGUUUCCUGCAACCGCUGGCUCGCCUGACCGGCAACGAGUUGCCUAGCAACAUCAACGCUGGUCUCUAUGGCAACUUCAAAGCCCAACUACGAUUCAUCUCUGACUUUUCCAUUUCAUAUGAAGGCUUCAACAUAACUUUCUCCGAAUAUACUUUGGAGCCAUGUGAGGACCCUGGAAUGCCUCGGUUUGGCAGGAGAAACGGAUACAGUUUCGGUGUCGGUGACACUUUGUCGUUUUCCUGCAACAUGGGAUACCGCCUAGAGGGUGCGCCAGAGUUAAUCUGCCUGGGAGGCGGACGAAGAAUGUGGAGCGCUCCUUUACCAAGAUGUGUUGCGGAGUGUGGUUCCUCAGUGAUAAAUAAUGAAGGGAUACUACUUUCUCCAAACUACCCAAUGAACUAUGAUAACAACCACGAGUGUAUCUACAGCAUCCAGGUGCAAGCUGGGAAAGGCAUCAACAUCUCUGCUAGAACCUUUCAUCUCGCCCAGGGUGAUAUACUCAAGAUUUAUGACGGUAAAGACAACACAGCCCAUGUUCUUGGCGCGUUCACGGGGUCAUCCAUGUUGGGCCUGACACUGAUAUCCACUUCAAACCAUCUCUGGCUGGAAUUUUACAGUGAUGCAGAGAGUACAGGGGAAGGAUUCAAGCUGGUCUACUCCAGCUUUGAGUUGUCUCAUUGUGAGGAUCCAGGCGUGCCUCAGUUUGGCUUCAAGGUCAACGACCAAGGCCACUUCUCUGGGAGCAGCAUCACAUACAGAUGUGAGCCUGGAUACACUCUGCAUGGUGCUUCCACUCUGAAGUGUAUGACAGGUGAAAGGAGAGUGUGGGAUAACCCUCUGCCAUCUUGUAUAGCGGAGUGCGGCGGUCGGUUUAAAGGGGAGUCCUCAGGACGGAUUCUGUCCCCUGGGUACCCUUUUCCUUACGACAAUAACCUCCGCUGCACCUGGACCAUCGAGGUGGACUCAGGAAAUAUUGUGAGCCUUCAGUUCCUGGCCUUUGACACGGAAGCCAGCCAUGACAUGCUGAAAGUUUGGGACGGACCACCUGAGAAUGAGAUGUCUCUGGCAGAGCUCAGUGGGUCUCUGCUCCCCGAGGGAAUCCACUCCACACUGAACACAGUCACAGUUCAGUUUGAGACUGAUUUCUACAUCAGCAAGUCAGGAUUUGCUAUUCAGUUCUCCAGCUCAGUAGCUACGGCCUGCAGGGACCCGGGCGUACCAAUGAACGGCAGUCGUAGCGGAGACGGCCGUGAGCCGGGGGAUUCAGUGUCCUUUCAGUGUGACCCGGGAUACGAGCUCCAGGGGGACGACAAAAUAACCUGCAUACAAGUGGAUAACAGAUACUACUGGCAGCCGAGCCCGCCCGUCUGCAUAGCUCCUUGUGGAGGGAACCUAACAGGCUCCAAUGGAUUUAUACUCUCUCCUAACUACCCGCAUCCCUACCCUCACUCAAAGGACUGUGACUGGCUCAUUGCUGUCAACUCUGACUACGUGCUGUCACUGGCCUUUAUCAGCUUCAACAUUGAGCCAAACUAUGACUUCCUGUACAUCUACGACGGUCCAGACAGCAACAGCCCACUCAUUGGUAGUUUCCAGGACAGCAAACUCCCAGAGCGGAUAGAGAGCAGCUCUAAUACCAUGCAUUUAGCGUUCCGCAGUGACGGGUCGGUCUCUUACACUGGCUUUCACCUGGAAUACAAAGCCAAGCUGAGGGAAUCCUGCUUCGACCCAGGUGUGGUCCUGAAUGGAACAAGGCUCGGAUCCGAUUAUAAGUUGGGCUCUACUGUCACCUUCUACUGUGAGCCAGGUUAUGUGCUGCAGGGUUAUUCUACUCUAACCUGCAGUAUGGGAGAUGAUGGCAGACCUGGAUGGAACAGGGCGUUGCCCAGUUGUCAAGCUCCCUGUGGAAGUCGUUCUACAGGAACAGAGGGGACUGUUUUAUCUCCUAACUUCCCAAGAAACUAUACUUCUGGCCUGACGUGUGUCUACUCUAUAUCCGUACCAAGAGAGUUCGUUCUCUUUGGUCAGUUUGUGUUGUUCCAGACGUCUCUGAACGACGUGGUGGAGAUCUACGACGGGCCCACUCAGCAGAACACGCUGCUGUCUUCUCUCUCCGGGUCUCACUCUGGUGAAUCUCUGCCCCUGAGCUCAGGAAAUCAGAUUACGAUAAAGUUCACCACAGUUGGACCGGAAACUGCCAAGGGAUUCCACUUUGUCUACCAAGCUGUGCCGAGGACCAGCUCCACCCAGUGCAGUUCGGUGCCUGAGCCGCGCUUCGGCAAGCGCCUCGGUAACGACUUCGCCGUCGGCUCUUUGGUGCAGUUCGAGUGCAACCCUGGUUACGUGCUGCAUGGCUCCACUGCCAUUCGGUGUGAUAGCGUGCCAGACAACCUGGCUCAGUGGAAUGACACCCUGCCGACAUGUAUAGUUCCCUGCGGGGGCGUGUUGACCUCUCGCCGUGGGACCAUCCUGUCACCUGGCUACCCUGAGCCGUACGACAACAACCAGAACUGCGUGUGGAAGGUCUCCGUUCCAGAAGGGGCUGGGAUACAGAUACAAGUUGUGAGUUUUGCCACCGAGCAUAACUGGGACUCUUUGGACUUUUACGACGGUGCCGACAACCACGCACCGAGACUGGGCAGCUACUCCGGCACCACCAUCCCCCCUCUCCUGAAUAGCACAUCUAACAACCUCUAUCUCAGCUUCAGCUCGGAUAUUAGUGUGUCAGCUGCUGGAUUUCACCUGGAGUACACAGCUAUCGGUCUGGAGUCGUGUCCAGAGCCUCAAACUCCAAACUAUGGGAUCAGACAAGGAGACAGAUUCAUGGUGGGGGACGUCGUGCAGUUUUCGUGCGAACAAGGAUACUCUCUGCAGGGUAACGCCCACAUCACCUGUAUGCCUGGACCUGUUAGAAGAUGGAACUACCCUGUACCACUGUGUCUUGCCCAGUGUGGUGGGUCUAUGACAGAUGUAAGUGGAGUCAUUCUGAGUCCGGGUUACCCUGGCAACUACCCGAGUGGGUUAGACUGCACAUGGACAGUCACCUUACCUGUUGGCUUCGGUAUCCAUCUCCAGUUUCUGAACUUCUCCACCGAAGCGAUCCACGAUUACUUAGAGAUCCGCAGUGGAACGCUGGAGACGGGAACGGUCAUCGACCGGUUCAGCGGCCCGGCCGUGCCCAAGCCUCUGUUCAGCACCACCCACCAGAGCAGCUUCUUUUUCCACAGCGACUACUCCCAAAACAAACCCGGGUUCCACAUCACCUAUCAAGCCUAUCAGCUCCAGAGUUGCCCGGACCCUCGGCCGUUUCGUAACGGCAUCGUGAUCGGCACGGAUUUCAGCGUUGGGAUGACGGUGUCGUUCGAGUGUCUGCCUGGGUAUUCUCUGAUCGGAGAAGCUUCCCUCACAUGUUUGCACGGAAUCAGCAGGAACUGGAACCACCCACUGCCACGAUGUGAAGCGCUCUGCGGUGGUAACAUCACAUCAUUAAACGGAACCAUUUACUCUCCCGGCCACCCGGAGGAGUACCCAAACUUCCAGGACUGUGUGUGGAGUGUUCGAGUUCCUCCUGGACAUGGGAUAUACAUCAACUUCACUGUACUGAGCACCGAGCCCAUAUACGACUACAUUACAGUCUGGGAUGGUCCGGAUCAGUCGUCUCCUCAGAUCGGCCAGUUUAGCGGGAACACGGCUUUGGAGUCUGUUUACUCCACCUCCAACAUCAUCCUCAUUAAAUUCCACUCAGACUUCUCUGGAGCCGGGUUCUUUGUCUUAAGUUAUCACGCCUACCAAUUAAGGGUUUGCCAGCCUCCACCAGAAGUGCCCAAUGCUGACAUACUGAUGGAGGACGGUGAGCUGGAGAUAGGUGACAUCAUCAGGUACAGAUGCCAGCCUGGAUUUUCAUUGGUCGGCAGUGAGAUUCUAACCUGUCGCUUAGGAGAGAGACUACAAAUGGACGCGCCGCCUCCAACGUGCCAGGUCCAGUGCCCCGCGCAUGACGUGCGUUACGACUCGUCGGGCGUCAUCCUGAGCCCCGGCUGGCCGGAAAGCUACCCAAACCUCCAGAUGUGCUCCUGGAGCGUUACAGUAGAGAAAGGAUACAAUGUCACCAUAACCCUUGAAAAUUUCCACACUGAGAAAGAGUUUGAUGUGUUGGAGAUUUUCGACGGCCCGACAGCCAACAGUCCGACUCUGGCGACGCUGAGCGGCGACCUGCCGACCCCCUUUAACAUCACGACCUCCGGUCACCAGUUCCUGGUCCGCUGGUCUUCAGACCAUGGCACGAACAAGAAAGGCUUCAAAAUUCGCUAUGUUGGUGAGUACCAAACCCUCUACUGCUCCACCCCAGACUCCCCGCUCCACGGCUCCAUCUCCUCCCAGAGCGGCGGCCACGUCAACAGCGUGGUGCGCUGGGCCUGCGACCGCGGUUACCGCCUCAUAGGCAACGCCUCGGCGACCUGCCGCCGCACGCCGCUCGGCUACCACGCCUGGGACUCCCCUGUGCCCGCGUGCCAAGCUGUCUCAUGCGGGGCACCCAAGGCUCCCAUAAACGGCGGCGUUUUAACAGCUGACUACUCCGUGGGAACGAGAGUUUCCUAUUUUUGUAACGACGGGUACAGACUCUCCAGUAAAGAACUGACGUCAGCCAUCUGUCAGCCUGACGGGACGUGGAGCAACCACAACAAGAUACCGAGAUGUUCUGUGGUGGUGUGUCCCAGCAUCGGGUCAUUUUCUCUGGAGCACGGCCGCUGGAGGAUCGUCAACGGCUCACACUACGAGUACAGAACUCGCAUAGUGUUCACCUGCGAUCCGGGGUACUUCAGAUUAGGCCCUGCCCACAUCCAGUGCCUACCCAACGGGGUGUGGAGCUGGAGGAACGAGAGACCACACUGCCAGGUUAUCUCCUGCGGCGAGCUGCCGUCUCCACCCAACGGGAAGAAGAUUGGUACUCAGACAACAUUCGGCGCCACGGCCAUCUUUACCUGCGACGCCGGCUUCAUGCUGGUGGGCUCAGCCGUCAGAGAGUGCCUGUCAUCGGGGCUCUGGAGCGGAACAGAAACGCGGUGUUUAGCUGGUCACUGCGGAAUCCCAGAGGGCAUCGUGAACGGCCAGGUGAUCGGGGAGAACUUCGGUUACCGGGAUACGGUCGUGUAUCAGUGUCUGCCCGGCUUCCGACUAAUAGGCUCGUCUGUUCGCAUCUGUCUCCAAGACAACCAGUGGUCCGGACAGCUGCCCAUCUGUAUAUCGAUCAGCUGCGGCCACCCAGGAAGCCCCAUAUACGGUCGCACGGUGGGAAACGGCUUCAACCUGCACGACGUGGUCAGCUUUGUUUGUAACCUGGGUUAUGAAAUGGAGGGGCCCCCACGUGCUCAGUGCCAGGCCAACCGCCAGUGGAGCCACCCGCCCCCAACGUGUAAAGGUGGGGAAAAAAUGGUCAAUUGCUCCGAUCCCGGCAUCCCGGCCAACUCUAUCCGGCAGAGUAAAAUAGAGCACGGCAACUUUACCUUUGGCACGGUGGUUUUCUAUGAUUGUAACCCCGGGUAUUACCUGUUUGGAUCACCUGUACUGACCUGUCAACCGACCGGACAAUGGGACAAACCUCUGCCUGAGUGUAUAGUUGUAAAUUGCGGUCAUCCCGGCUCUCCCCCUAACGGUGUGCUGAGCGGAGAUAAGUUUACAUUUGGUUCAACGGUUCGAUACUCCUGUCUGGGCGGAAGACAGCUGAAAGGAGAAUCAUCCCGGACUUGUCAGCUCAAUGGGUUGUGGAGUGCACCCAUGCCCUUCUGCUCCGGCGACACCGCCGGCUCCUGCGGCGAUCCUGGCAUUCCCUCCCAUGGCUCAAGGGAGCAAACAGAUUUCAAGAUCCGCUCCAAAGUCUACUUCACCUGCUCCGAGGGCUACGACCUCAUCGGUUCCUCGGAGAGGAUGUGCUUCCCCAACGGCACCUGGUCCGGCACGCAGCCCUUCUGUAAACCUGUCCAGUGCGGUAACCCCGGCACCCCCAGUAAUGGACGAGUGUUUCGUCUGGACGGGACGACGUUUUCUCACUCCGUCGUCUACUCGUGCAUGGACGGCUACCUGCUCACUGGGGCCAACACCAGGCUGUGUCAGGCCAACGGGACCUGGUCAGGAGCACAGCCCAACUGCACUAUGAUAAACUGCGGAGAUCCAGGUGUGCCAGCUAAUGGCCUUCGCUACGGUGAAGACUUCACCAUCGGUCAGAACAUCUCCUUCCAGUGCCAGCCUGGAUACAGGAUGGAGGAGGAUGGAUCACCUGUGAGGAUGUGCACCCAAAACGGGACGUGGAGCGGGAACAUGCCUUUGUGCACAGCGGUGACCUGUUCAGCUCCCCCUGGCAUCAGUAACGGGGUACUGCAGGGCAGUGACUUUGAAUGGGGCAGCAGCGUGAGUUACAGUUGCUCGCCCGGCUACGAGCUCUCGUUCCCAGCCGUGCUGACCUGUGUGUCCAACGGGACCUGGAGCGGCAUGCUACCGCAAUGCUUACCCAAGUUUUGCGGCGACCCGGGUACUCUGAUCGGAGGUUUCAGAGAGGGGCGAAGUUUCAUCUAUCAGUCAGAGGUGUCCUUCAGCUGCGCUCCACCUCUCAUGCUGGUCGGCACGGCGACCCGGCUCUGCGAAAGCGACGGCACCUGGAGCGGGACACAGCCACGCUGCAUCGAACCGACCAAAACCAGCUGUGAUAACCCGGGAACGCCGCGCUACGGCUCUUUAAACCGGACCUACGGCUUCAAGGUGGGGAGCGUGGUGUCGUUUCAGUGCCAGCCAGGUCACCUGAUUCAGGGAUCCUCCUCUAGAACCUGCCAGCCCGACCUGACGUGGAGUGGGACCCAACCCGAGUGCAUACCCCAUGCCUGUAAGCAGCCGGAGAGCCCUCUCCAUGUGGACGUGGUGGGGAUGGAUCUGCCCGGCUUUGGCUACACCUUGGUGUACAGCUGUCAGCAUGGCUACUUCCUGGCGGGAGGUUCCGAGCACAGAGUGUGCAAGAGCGACGGCACCUGGACCGGGAAGAUGCCUAUAUGUCGAGCCGGAGAGAAGAAGAAACCUGUGAAGCCAGUAACAGGAACUCCCAGUCCCAAACUAAACGUUCCAGAUGAUGUCUUCGCUCCCAACUACAUAUGGAAGGGUUCCUAUAAUUACCGUGGCAGGAAGCAGCCGAUGACGCUGAGCAUCACCAGCUUCAACUCCACUACGGGGAGAGUCAACGUCACCCUUAGCAACGGCAACAUGGAGCUGCUCCUGUCAGGAGUGUACAAGGCCUCAGAAGCCAGGCUGUUGCUGCUGAUGUACCAGGUGAACUACGUGAACCAGGGGACCCAGCUGAAAGAUUCAGCCAUCUCUCCAGCCAAGAUCAUCGACGACUCCUGGACCAUGGACGGAUUUGUGUCAGCAGAGCCGGACGGUUCUAGUUACGUAUUCCAGGGUUUCAUUCAGGGAAAAGACUACGGACAGUUCGGACUGCAGAGACUGGGUUUGAAUAUGUCGGAGAGUCAGAAUUCUCCGCCGCCCCAGCUUGGUACCAACAGCAGUUCUGUGGCUAUUGCUAUCCUGGUGCCUUUCUUUGCGUUAAUCUUCACUGGCUUUGGCUUCUAUCUCUACAAACAAAGAACCACACCAAAAACUCAGUACACAGGCUGUUCAGUCCAUGAAAACAACAACGGCCAGGCUGCCUUCGAGAACCCCAUGUACAACACCAACGCCAAGGCUGUGGAGGGAAAGGCUGUUCGAUUCGAUCCGAAUCUAAAUACCGUCUGCACCAUGGUCUGAGGAUUGAUCAUCCUUUCCUUGAACUUAAUGACUCAGAUAUCUAAUGGGACCACAAUUGGUGCGAGGCUGUGAAAGGGAGCGCCGUACGCUUCGACAUCGUCAAUACGCUGAUUAGAAAAGACCUUCACUCGCAGUUCAGAGACGUACCCCCCCCCACACACACCCCCGGCGGAGGGAAAGCUCAUCAGCUCCCCGGAGUCGGUCCUCUUCACCAACAGCAAUUUGUGUCCGCAAAUGAAAUUCAAGCAAAUUGAACACAAAAGGUCUGCUGCCCUUGACAGAUGCAAACAACCGGUGUAAACUGAAAGUGAGAAGGGAUGCGGGUGAAAGAGAAAGGAUGCGACUCAACAGAAAACUAAACGCUGGCUAUCAUCUGUCUCUAACCGGGAGGCUCAGCGGGUCAAGGAUACUUUAUAAUUUGAUUCUAAACCAGACGCAGCCAUUACACUUUGACCUCUCAUUUAACCCCACUCACCGUCCGCACCACCAGGACUAAUAAGUAAGCCAUGACCCGCCUGUCGGACAUCGUGACAUGUCAACAGAACCCAGAGCCACAUUUUGUAUUUCGAACAAAGCCGUGGAGAUGAAGACUGAGCUCUGCGUUCAUCCUCGCCCGGAGAAAGAGAGCACACAUAAUUAUUGUUAUUGUUAUUACUAAUAGUGCUCCGACCACGAUUACGCAUCAUGGAGGUAAACAGCGCUCGGAAAAAAGAGAAAUGGGUUGAUUUCAUUUAAAACGCAGACUGCAUUUAACAAAACAGGAUCACAAUGGCCGCAGAUGAGGAGAUGUGACUCGGAGAAGAUGUCGACACUGUGAAGCAAACUGUUUCUAAUUAUUCGGGCUCGACAUUGACAGUAAAAAAAAAAAACAAAAAAAAACACUGUCACCAGCAGAUCAUCAGAAAAAAAAACAACUAUUUCUAAAAUGACCACGGAUUACAACGCCCUAACAAGCAGACAGGACAAAACUGUCUCCAUGACAACCCGAGGCCGGUACUGUAUUACCAGUCUCUUGUCUUUUUCUAGUGAAAUGGAAGCUAAGGUGGCUAAUGCUAGCAGACAGUAGCAGAAGUUGCUUUGAAAAGAGACUCCUUCCUAAGCGAAGGAUCAGGGCAGCCCCGGAGAAGGCGUGUUAAUCCUAACUGAACUGGGAUUAGAGCAAAGCAAAACUAAAAAGGAGUCUAAAGGGGAGCUAGCGCUAACGGAUGAGAGACUGACUCAUCUAAUGGAUAAACACCCCCUUCUCAUCCACUGGCGGGAGACGCUCCUAACUGAACUGAAAGUGGAGUAAAGGAGUCAUUGAGAGGGAAGGUGAGAUGUUAAAAUCCUAACACAGCAAAUCAGGACUGCCUGUCUCAACGUCCCAUCGUCUACUGAGAGACGUCUGCCCACCUUCUACGUAACCAAUCGGAUCAGACAGAAUAUGGAUGAGAGCAAAGAUGUUCCUGUUCCUGUGAGUUUUCAGCGGAUUUUGAUCAGAAAGACGCGGAGUGGAUACAGAGGACUCUGGUGGACUAACAAAGAAAGAGACUUUGGGGAAACAGAGAAAGCUCUGGCACUAAAGCACAUUUUACAGGAACACUACCCGUCUAGAUAGGCUGGACUAACGCAGGGACAGAGAGGUUAGAGAGACAGAGCUGGCAGACAGACGAGUGAAUGACAGACAGAAAAAAUGACAGGUACACUCUCCCCUCGGUAAGCCAGAUGAAGACAGGUGGUGUUAAGACAAACAGUCACACAAUGAGACAGACGGGUUCAAGAAAGACAAGCUGGGACAGAUGGGUUUAAACACAGAUUAACAGGGAGACAGACAGACAGACACACACACAAACUGAUAGACAGGCUAAAAGAAAGACAAACAGGGUCGUAGCCCUACGAUGGUGGACGCGGUUCCACCGUAAUUCUGCACUCUGAGAGUGCUUAUCUUCUUUCUUUGUUAUUGCUGCAGAAUCUUCUGAUCUGUAAAUCUAUUGCAUAUAUAUUCGGGAGCAUUCACCACCUAUAUUUUUGUGCUAUAUAUUUACCACGAGGGACGGGGCUGAAGGGGAAAGACAGAUUAUAGCAGAGUUUUUAGAAAAAAAAAACAAAAGAGAAAGAAAUAUCCGAACAAAAGAUGUUCCAACUGCGUGCUGUUCACAGAAGUCACAAACAGCAUUUCAGAUCCUUUGUAACAUGAAGCUGGUUUUUAUUUUAUUUAUCUCCUGUGUAAAGUUCCUUCCUCUCACCAUCACUGUCUAUCCCAGUGAGGCAAUCAUGAGUGUCAGUGGUAUUGUUAUUGUCAUUAUUGUUCGAGAUGCAAGGUUUCCCAGCAACAGUCAUAAUCUCUUAAAUGUUUUACCACGCAUUUGUCACAGGCGGCGGAUGUCUAAAAAAACCCUCAGCGUGCGGCGUUACCGUCACCGCGGUGACCCAGACAACAUUUUAAUGAUCGCCGCUGCCGUCUAACCCGCAGUAAUGCGAGGCCACGGACAUUUGCACAUCAAAACUCCGCACUAAUGUUGUUUUUAUCUUCAGCGCAGAGAUGUCGACUACCCCGGUGUAGUCAUGGCAACGCGGAAAUCCCAGCUCUUAUUGAAGACGCUUCUUUGAACUGACCAACAAAUGGCUCACACACGAAGGUCCCACAUGUUUUGUCCCAUGUAGGAAAUUUGUAUCGGACGCGGUCGAUGAAUCGUUUGAUUUUUGAGAAAUUUGAUUGGACUCGUUUUUAAUGGAUACGUGAAGGUUCUCAGUCAUUCAGGUCAUGGUUCAUCCAAAAGCAAGAUGAAACAAAGGCAGCUGGAACAGUUGGCUUUUGUUGAAGAUGUUUCGAAGUUUUGGCGAAACAUUUUCCAAGGAAGCCCACGUUCAGUUGUCUCUGUUUCGGUCUCGUUUUUGCUCGCUUUACUACUAAAACUGAUUUAGUUACAAAACUACUAAGAGGUUCAAGGUUAGUGCAUUUUACUGCAUCAUCAAGUUCACCUCCAGGUCUAACACCCACUACAUCCUGAUUUUAUGAAGGGCAGCCUCACAAGUCAACACUUUUAUUAUACUUAUAAGUGGCACACGCUAUUCAAGCCUUUAAGUUAAGGUUUAAAAGGUUUGUACGACCUGUCGAAUCCCGUUAAUGACCCCACCAAUGUUUUUCAUGGCGUUCCAAAAGCUACAACUGAACUCAAACUUAACAAUUGAGUAAACUCAAAAAUGAGGUCACUGAGAGGUUAUAUUUAUUUUUCCUUUGCUUUUGCUUAUUUUUUUUCAUUAUUAUUUCACAAAAAUCUAUAGCCAUAUUAUCUCAGCUCGGUGUUCCAUGGCUCGUAGCUAUUUUUCAGAUCUGAUCUACCACCUUCCGAUAAAAAAACAUUUACUGCGGGCUGUUGUUGCUCCACAUGCUAUCGUCCUCUCUGAUGGUUCGUGGGCCCCCGGAGAUGUUCAUACAAUAUUAAAAUACUAGUUGAUUAUUGUAAGGGCACAGUCUGAAAAAAUGCGGAAUAAUCCACACCUCUAUUACCUGGUCUUUACGUAACAUAAAUACAUGGAUCAAUCUGCAUCAGUAAGUACUGAGGAAGCACUGGUUUUGUUUUAAAGAGUGAACCGAGUGAGUUCGGGUCCCACACAUGAUCAAUAGUUGUUCUUUUUAAUGAUUUUGUGUGUCAGGGUGAGCGAAAACAUCUCAGUUUUGUUUUGCGAACCCCUGCUGCUGUGUCCACGGGCAACCAGACGACCGAAAACUCCUUUUCCAAGUCAUUACUGAUUUAAAUGAAACCGUAACAACUCCAACUCCCCGGUUUAUCAGCGACUGCCCCCCCUCCACCCCACGUCGCUGUGGUGACAUUGUUUCUCCUUUCAGAUUGAUUGUUGCUGCUGCUGCUGCUGUUGUCGUCGUUGCUAUUGAUGUUGUUUUAUCGGUAUGAAUCUGACACAGUGCCUACCAAAAACCAUGGGACCCUCCCCUCCACAUAUACAAACACACACCUGCUCCAGCAGCAACCCCCCCCCCCCCCCCCCCCCCG